AUGGGUGAUGAUUUGGAUGAUGAUGAUGAUGUUGAUGAUGAUUUGGAUGACGAUGAUAAAAAUGAAGAUGACGAUCAUUUAGAUGAAGUUGAUGAUGAUGAUAAUGAUGAUGAUGCUGAUGUUGAUAAUGGUUUAGAUAAUAAUGAUGAAGUUGAUGAUAAUCAUCAUGAUGAUGAUAAUUUUGAUGAUGAUGUUGAUGUUGAUUUGGAUGAUGAUGAUGAUGUGGAUGAUGAUGAUGAUUUAGAUGAAGAUGAUGAUGAUGAUGAUGAUGAUGCGGAUGAUGAUGAUGAUGAUGAUGAAUAUGAUGAAGAUGAUGGUGAUGACGGUGUUGAUUUGGAUGAUGAUGAUUUGGAUGACGAUGAUGUUGAUGAUAAUGUGGAUGAUGAUGAUGAUGAUUUGGAUGAUGAUGAUGUUGAUUAUAAUUUUGAAGAUAACAAUGAUGAUUAUGAUUAUGAUUUGUAUGAUGAUGAUGUUGAUGAUAAUUUGUAUGUUGUUGAUGUCAAUUUGGAUGAUGAUGAUGAUUUCGAUGAUGAUGAUGAUUUGGAUGAUGAUGAUGACGAUGAUUAUGAUGAUGUGGAUGAUGAUGAUGAUUUGGAUGAUUAUGAUUAUUUGUAUGAUGAUGAUGUUGAUGAUAAUUGUUAUGAUGAUGAAUAUUUGGAUGAUAAUGAUGAUUUCGAUGAUGAUGAUGAUUUGGAUCAUGCUGAUGAUGAUGAUGAUAAUGUGGAUGAUGAUGAUGAUGAUGAUGUUGAUUUGGAUGAUGAUGAUUAUGAAGAAGAUGAUGUUGAUGUUGAUGAUGAUAUUGAUUUAGAUGAUGAUGAUGAUUUCGAUGAUGAUGAUGAUGUGGAUGAUGAUGAAGAUUUGGAUGAUAAUGAUUAUUUGGAUGAUGAUGAUGCUGAUGAUUCGGAUAAUGAUGAUGUUGAUGAUGAUUUGGAUCAUGCUGAUGAUGAUGAUGAUAACGUAGAUGAUCAUGAUGAUUUGAAUGAUUAUGAUGAUUUGGAUGAUUAUGAUUUGUAUGAUGAUGAUGGUGAUGAUAAUUCUUAUGAUGAUGAAUAUUUGGAAGAUUAUGAUGAUUUCGAUGAUGAUGACGAUUUGGAUGAUGAUGAUGAUGAUAAUGUGGAUGAUGAUGAUGAUGAUGAUUUGGAUGAUGAUGAUGAUGUUGAUUUGGAUGAUGAUGAUUAUGAAGAAGAUGAUGUUGAUGUUGAUGAUGAUAUCGAUUUAGAUGAUGAUGAUGAUUUCGAUGAUGAUGAUGAUGUGGAUGAUGAUGAAGAUUUGGAUGAUAAUGAUUAUUUGGAUGAUGAUGAUGCUGAUGAUUCGGAUAAUGAUGAUGUUGAUGAUGAUUUGGAUCAAGCUCAUGAUGAUGAUGAUAACGUAGAUGAUCAUGAUGAUUUGAAUGAUUAUGAUAAUUUGGAUGAUUAUGAUUUGUAUGAUGAUGAUAAUGAUUCGUAUGAUGAUGAUGAUGAUGAUUUGGAUGAUUAUGAUGAUGAUUUGGAUGAUGAUGAUGAUUUGAAUGCUGAUUAUGAUUUGUAUGAUGAUGAUGAUGAUGAUGAUUGGGAUGAUUAUGAUGAUUUUUAUGAUUAUGAUUUGUAUGAUGAUGAUGUUGAUGAUAAUUUGUAUGUUGUUGAUGUCAAUUUGGAUGAUGAUGAUGAUUUCGAUGAUGAUUAUGAUGAAGAUGAUGAUGAUGAUUUGGAUGAUGAUGAUGACGAUGAUUAUGAUGAUGUGGAUGAUGAUGAUGAUUUGGAUGAUUAUGAUUAUUUGGAUGAUGAUGAUGAUGAUGAUGAUUCGGAUAAUGAUGAUGAUGAUUUGGAUCAUGCUGAUGAUGAUGAUGAUGUCGUAGAUGAUCAUGAUGAUUUGAAUGAUUAUGAUGAUUUGGAUGAUUAA